UUCGUCGCGUAAAGUCAGGACGCACGCUCGAGGAUAAAAAGAUCGCGCGCGCACUUUUAUUUUCAAAUAAUAAAUGUAGAAUUUUUUGGAGAAAUUGUCAAAAUGCAUCUUAAACGUGCCCUCGCGCUGCUUUGUUACGUCGCGAACUUUAUAAGGACAACACAGAGUUUUAACGUCGAACACCGGGAUCCCUACGUGAAAAAGGCCCCCGAGGGGCAAACGAAUUCGUAUUUCGGGUACAGCGUGGCCCUGCACCACUCCAAGGAAACCAACAACGAUAUCAGCGACAACUGGAUUCUCGUAGGGGCUCCUCUGGGGCAAAACCUGCAACCCAGCACCAACUUCUCGGGUGCAAUCUUCAAGUGCCCGAUCACCCACGAGGAUGAGGACUGCGUCCAGAUCCCCACUGACGGGCACAGAGCGGCCAGUGGGAUAUACGAUUUCGAUUAUGACGAGGGCGCGAAUUCGGCUUCCUCGGACCUGUUGCCACCCCAAAAUGACGAAAUUAAAGACGGCCAAUGGUUGGGGGUUAGUUUACGCUCGCAAAAACCGGGCGGUCAAGUGAUGGUGUGCGCGCACCGUUACAUCCAAAGUAAAGAUCUGACGAAGUACCACUUGGGCCAAGGGCUGUGCUACUUGAUGAACAGCAAUUUGAAAAUAACCGAGACUUUACAGCCCUGUAAAGGGUUGCCUACGGACCAUUUGCACCAGGAGUUUGGCUUUUGCCAAGUGGGCACCAGCGCCACCUUUUUGGGGGAGAACGCGGUCAUGGGCGCCCCCGGCCCUUUUACCUGGAGGGGCACUGUCUUCGUCCAGGCAAUCAACGAGGAUUUCUUCCAGAGAGACAAGACCACUUACAAGGGCCCCCUGUUGGAUACCGCGGACCCUAUUGACAAAUACAGUUAUUUAGGUAUGAGCGUCGACGGGGGCUACAUCUUCGACAGGAGGAACUACACGUUCGUCGCGGGGGCUCCACGCUCGCAAAUGAUGGGCCAGGUUUACUUUUUCGAAAAAAGGACCGCAAUCACUGAUGGGAACAAGGACGUUUUGAAUAUCGUCCUCAUUAUCACCGGGGAACAGUUUGCCUCCAGUUUUGGUUAUGAAAUACUGGUGGAGGACGUGAACAAUGACGGUUAUGACGAUUUACUAGUCGCCGCCCCGUUCUACUACUCGGACACGAAAGGGGGCGCGGUCUACGUGUACUAUAACCUCAGAAACUGUAAAACGGGGACGUCGCACAACUGCACCUGGGACGCCGUCUUUUACGGGGCGCCGCAGUCGCGGUUCGGAUUCGCUCUCGCUUCGAUAGGCGACAUAAACAAGGACGGGUAUAACGACGUCGCGAUCGGCGCCCCCUACGAGAAUAAUUACGGGGCCGUUUACGUUUAUUUGGGGUCCGACGAGGGACUGCGGGAGAAACCCUCGCAGGUUAUGAGUUUUCCGCAACUCUCGACGUUCGGGUAUUCGCUGAGCGGCGGCCUGGACAUGGACAACAACGGCUAUCCGGAUUUAUUAGUUGGCGCCUACGAAUCCGAGAGGGCGCUACUGUUCCUAACCAGACCGAUCAUCGACAUAAAAAUCGACAUUUCCAGUAACGACAUGCACAAUAUUAACUCGUCCAGAAAGGGAUGCGCCGAUGACCGGACGAACAAAAAUAACACUUGCUUCUCGAUCAGAUCCUGUUUUUCCAUCGUGGGCAAAAGCAACAAGUUCGAGAAGUUCGCCGUGAUCUACCACAUCGCGGAGAUCCCGAAGAUCAUCCCGCGCGUGUGGUUCAAGAACGCGCGGUUCGCCGACCAACGGAAGAACGACAACAAGUUGACCGUCCCGGUGACGAAUCCCGCCAAGCAGUACUGCCAAAGGGAGAUCGUUUACAUCAAAGAGGGCGUCAGCGAUAUCCUGUCGCCGAUUAAGUUUAAGGUCAAGUACACCUUGGAGGACGACAGUAGACCGCACACGCCCAUUUUGAACACGACCUCUUUGAAAGAGUUCGAGGCGACGUUCCAGAAGGAUUGCGGAGAUGACGACGUUUGCGUUAGUAAUUUACAGUUGCGGGCCGGAACUAAUUUGGAGAAAAGUCCCACGGGCGAAUACACCGUGAACAUGGUCGACCAAGAGUUCAUCCUGGAGGCGAACAUUUCCAACCUGGGAGAAUCCGCUUACGAGGCGAAACUGUUCAUCUUUCACCCCACCGCACUCAGCUACAUCAACAUUAAAACUGAAAAAAACAAACACACGAACGUAAAGUGUUCAUACAAAAACGACACCCUGGUGGUGUGCGACCUGGGCAACCCCUUCCAAGGCAACGCCGCGGACGAGAUCAAACUCCGGUUCGAAAUCAUGAAAAACACCAAAGACCAAAAGCUCGAGUUGAACCUGAAAGUGAACUCGACCUCGAAGGAGGAGUCGAGUAACACGGAGGCCAAAGUGGUGGCGAUUUUACAGAAAAUCGCCGAUUUCAGUAUCCAAGGGAAAGGUUCGACGAAUCUCUUCUUCGGGGGCAAAGUGGUAGGAGAAUCGGGAAUGCGGAACCUGGAAGAUAUCGGGGCGCGGGUUGUUCACCAGUACUAUUUGGACAACAGGGGCCAGUGGGACUUACCGGACGUGAAGGUGAACGUGCAGUGGCCUUACCAGGUCAGGCCGGGCAAGGAGGGACAGCAAGGGAAGUGGCUGUUGUACUUGGAAAGCAUGCCGAAAAUUGUUGAGUACGGGGUGUCCCAUUUUGGGGGCGACCAACGGGGGCCACCGGUUUUUUGCACCGUAGACGACGCGGAGAACGUGAUAAACCCGCUGGGGCUGCAGACGCUCACGGACAGCAGCGAAACGGAGGAACCGGCUAAUCUAAAACUGCCCCAGGGGUUCCAGAGCGAGAACGACACAGCGGACACGUCACAGAGAAGACGACGAAGACGACGUCGUGACGUAGAGUACGUCGUGCCCGCGCAGGAAAUCAGGAAGGAGGGUAUCAAACGGCGGGUGGUCAUAAUGAACUGUCAAGGUUCGGCACGGUGCGCGAACAUCAACUGCUACAUCAGGGGCCAGAAGAAGAAGAGUCAGAUCACGAUAGAGGUGCGUUCCCGGAUAUGGAAUUCCACUUUGGUGGAGGAUUACGGGAACGUCGAUUGGGUCCAGAUCAAUUCGUAUGCGGAGGUGGAAAUUCUGGAUGCCACUUUUAUUACUAAGCCGGAUCAGGUGUUUGGGGCGGAAACGCUCGUCUACCCGGAAGCGAUUUCGCCCCCGCGGAUCAACUGGUGGAUCAUCGCGGCCGCAGUGACCGCCGGUCUCCUUCUGCUCAUCGUGUUGGUCGUCAUUUUGUACAAAUGCGGAUUCUUCAAGCGGAAACGCGUCAAAGACGGCACGCUGUCCGGCAACUUACAGAAACAGACCGACGAGAGUCACACGUUGUUAAAGAAUUAAACGAGAGAGAGAGAGAGAGUGAGAAAAAGGACGUGUGUGCUGUAUAUUUGUGUGAGUGAGUAAGUGGGAGCGAAUGCUGUAGAAAAAGUUGAGUCGAUUUUUUUUUUGGCAAUCUACAGGGUAGUCAAAAAAUUGUGUACAUUUAUAGAGGGGGGUCGGUAAUGAAUGUGCCAAAAAAGUAAUUCUAGGUUACUCAAAGUGCAAAUAUCGAUGUUGAGUCAAAUAUGCCUUGGUAAAAUGUCGCUCAUAAAUCAGAUACAGGAUGUAAAAACUUAGGUUUCUCUUAGUUCAAAUUGUUUUCUAGGUACACCAUAUUUACAGUAUAUUUAGAGCUGUGGAUUUGACCGGUCUACUUGUUUUUGGUCAAUUAAAGCAAAAUUCAGUAUGCAGUAGAUGGAUCUAACUACAUUCCACAUUUAUGUAAAGACAGCCAUAAUUGUUUUAAAGAAAUUUUGCUUGUUAGAUAUUUAAUACCUAAAUUUUGGAAAUCUUGUAGAGGGUAAUCAAGUGAAUGGUAUAGUUUGGUCCAUUCAGGGAUACAUUAUAUAAAUCAAUAAGAAUAAGUAGUUUAUUUUUCAAUAUCCAUGAAUAAUAUAAUAAUUAACAUAAAAACGUGAACACUUAAAAUUAAACAAAAAAUAUCAAUCUCAGUUAUUAAUCUGAAUUAUUUAUUAUGAGUGUAGUUUAGUUUAGGAGUCUAGUUGCUCGGCUUCGGAAGCCGAAGAAACAUUAGCUUUCCGGAGCGUGUAGUGGUCAGUCUAUUUCUCAAUUUACUAUGGAGAACUCCCCAUGUUGACCAGUUUUUUUGACACGAAACUGAAGAGGCCGGUGAAGUACCGAUUCCUUUUGCCAACUCUCCCACCAAGUUGGUGGAGUAAUAUCCGAUAACGUUUUACAAACUGAUUUGGUACUUUUUACUGCUAUCCAUAUUAUUCGAUUGUUAAAUGUAUUAGUUGUUGCUCUAAAAUUUGAAAUUUCUCCAAUUACGUCAGAUUUAUUGAAGCUAAGUUGUAUUAUUAGCUCAUCUGGGGUUAAAUUUCCUCCUUUAUACCUAAGAUCGAGUAGAUAUGCUGCAUUGUGAGUGUCGGUUUUUCCGAGGACCGAUUUAGUCGUCAGUUUUUCUUCAUUUGGAAGAAAUGGACUUUCUGAAACAAAUGCAUUAAAGUGUUCUUUCAAGAGGAACAGCUUGUGCCGGACAUCUGACAAAGUAGCAUUAGUAUUUUCCAUGAAGGUGAUCAAAUGAACAACAGGAUUCAGUAACUCUAAGUAAAUUUAACGUUUCUAUCCCAAAAUACAUCAUCAUUCAAUUGUUGCUAGUGUCUCAAUAUCUGGAUGAAUUAAACAUUCUUUAAGUAGCUGUUUAUUCACGUUUAUGCUUUCCAUACAAGUGACUGUACUAGUUGCGACUGGUAAUUUCAGAGAUUGAAAAUUACCCCUCUGCUUUUCAUUUAAAAUGGCGUUGGGAAUAUGUUUUAAUUAAAAAAAUUUCACAAUUUCCUUACAAACACUAAGAUGAUCAGAGAGGGUUUUAAGAGAUUCAAUAUCUUUGAGCAUAAAUUCGGAAUGUGAGAAACAGCCAUACGUUUGUAGAUAAUUUCACUGGCAAUGUAUUGGCCUGUGUGUCUAAUUGCCUUGGGCUGUGAAAAAUCAUAGAAAAAAUCUCCAUUAUUCGUAUGCACCAUGUAGUUUAUUAAACCUUCGUUUCUAAUAUUUGUCCAGCCAUCACUCAUUAAAUUAUCUCAUUACCUUCACUAUCAAGAAUAUCUUUGAUGUUGUUUUUUAUUUUGUUAAAGCACCCGUCGAGGUGUGAGGUUGCCAUAGUUUAUCAUGUCAGGAAUUUUAAAAGCUGGUCGCAAUUUUCCAAAAAAAUGUCUGAUUCGAACAUUGACAGGGCGCAUCUUCGUUAUGGCUUGCCUUAUUGGGGUUUAAGCAACAAGGGAUUAUUAAACAUAAUUUUUGUGAUUCAUAAAAAGGCAGUUAGAUACCUAUGUUCCGCUGGGUUAAGAGAUUCUUGUAAACCUCUCUUUAUAUCUCAAAAAAUCCUAACUCUUUUUAUCUUAAAAACAGCUACUCUUAGUCAUAAACCUCUCUUUAACACUGGUCAUAUGACUCGCCAGGUUAACGAUUUUCCCUUACCAAUCCCUACAUCCUCCCUCACCAAGAACUCACUUAUAUACCUUAGCAAAAAAAUUUACAACCAUGUUCCUCUAUGUAUCAGACAAAUUUUAGACGUUAAGAGAUUCAAAAAGGAAUUAAAAUCACUUUUAUUAUCCAGGGCAUAUUAUAGCCUUGACGAUUUUUUAAUGAUACCUUUUAACCUGUGCUCUGACAUCAUUUUAGUGUUUUAGUUUUGGUUCCUGUUAAAUAAUGUAAUUUACUUCCUCUAAAUUCUGUUUUAUUGACAGCUUUACUUAUUUUUUAAUCAAAUUUAUCUAAAAGAUGCUUUUUUUUAAUUUUUUCAAUCUGUUUUGUUAUGAUUAAUUUUGGUAAUGUGUGUAAAUUUUAUGGUAAAAUGUCUUAGAUGUUAUGUUUGUUUGAAAUUUAAAGUGAAUUUGGAAUUUUUUAGUUUUUAGGAUGCUUGUACACAAGAUUUUGUUGUCUUACGUAAUAUAGCACAUUUUCUUUCUUUCUUUCUAAACAGCUUCGCAAAAAAAUGUUUGUAACUCAAAUUGCUCAGAUUCGUUUACCGUGUCAACAAAUUAUGUUAAUUUUUACAUUUUUCUACAAUUAAUAGGUGGUGGCUGAGAGGAACCAGAUGAAGUACUUGGAAUUUCAUUAAUUUCUGUAUGUGGCUUCUUGCUUUUCUUGGGAAAUAUUGCUUCGUCUUCAUCUUCGACGGAUUCAUUCAAACUGGUCUUUGCCUUGGCCAUCUGAAAACAAAAUAAUAAAAUAAGACACUCGUGCGAUCGUGCCUAAUGGGUGUAAUUCAUAUUAUUUUCGUUAUUUUUUCAAAAAUAUUUGUACUGUACACUCGGAUACUGUGUACUGUACACUGAUACUUGGAUCUAAACAUUUCGUACAUAAUUUUUAUAUUAAGUCUACUAACUAGAUAUUUAUAUUCUUUUCCCGAUUAGAUAGUGACUUUCUUUUACUGGAUAGCUUUCAAUGUGCUGACGAAUCAAUAUGUUUUGAUCUUCCGACAUUGCCCGUUUAAUAUUUUUGCCACGUUUAUCUCUGGGAGCCACAUUAUUUUUAAUGAAUGAUUUUAUUCUCUUGAUUCUUUUUUCAGAUACAGAAUGCAAGAGAGACAUCAACGCAAAUAAAAUGAUCAAAAGAUACUUCCCUUACUUUACUGUUUUCAUUUUUCUGACUUCUUCGGUUUGUCACAUUUUUCUGAUGUAUCAGACCUCAGCUUUUGCUCAUCGUUUAGCUUAGUAAAACACUGCAUUUUACAUCUAAAAAAUAACUUAUCUAUAUGUGGUAGUCCUAUUGUGAAAUCCGCCUUUUCGCGUAGAUCCUAGGAUCUUCAUGAAGUGCCGGCUGAUAGUGAAAAAUGAUCAUAUUACCCUAUCAGCCGGAAUUUUUCCUAAAUUUAAUUAAAUUUAUUUAAUUUUUUUAUCUUCAAAAUCUCUUUUUGAAGGACAGGGUUACGUUAAAUGUUCAUGCCAACCAUCUAAAACUCAAUGUAAAAGCAAAAAAUGUCAGUGCUUUAAAGCAAAUAUGCAAUGUAAUUCACGGUGUCACAAAAGUGGUCCAUGUGCGAAUAAAUAAGUAAAUUUUGUUUAAACUUCAUGUUUUAUUAUAUUUUUUUAUUUUUUUUAAAUAAAUAUUUUAGUUAUAAAUAUACGCACGUAUCUGUAUCAGAUUAAAUAAAGUUUAAUUCCAGACGGAUCAUCUCAUUACAUUAAUAUUUGGGCUAAUUGUAAUAAUAUAUCUCAUUUUUCACAAUCAGCCGGCUUUUCGUGAAGUGGCGACUAUUUAAGUUAGUCUGAUUGAGAAACAAGCGAAUUACACUAUAUGGGGGAAAAGGCCCGGCUGAUUGUGUAAAAUGAUCAUUUUUCACUAUCAGCCGGUACUUCAUGAAGAUCCUAGGAUCUUCGCGAAAAGGCGGAUUUCACAAUAGGACUACGACAUAUAUACCUAGGCUAUUUAAUAUAUAACUUUUAUUAAACUUACUUGCAAGCACCUCUGAUUUGCCUGGCAGCAACCAUCUUGCCUUUAUAAUCAUUAUGCGCAGUACCACUGAUUCUAGCUUUUUUGAUUAAAUUCCUUUGAUAAUUAUCAUAAUUUCUCACACCUCGACGUCUUUUUCUAAGAUUAUCUGAUUGAGAUAGCUCCUCUUCACUUUCAGUGCUUCUAUUUUCGUCCGAACUAGACAUAUUGCCGCAAAAAUGCGAUUAUAUUACUCUUAAAUGCACACAGUAUCCAAGCCAGUAAAUCACUAAAAAUAUUUCGACACACAUUUUAAUAUUUAUUUCUUAAACGGGCUAAGUUAGUUUUCUUAGGUCCUUUCUGCACUAAACCAUUAUUUUCUCACCCAGAAAUGCAAGUAAGGAAUAAUUGAAUUUAGUUCUUUUCUGCACCAAACGCUAGGAUUUGGCUCAAAAUUUAUUGUAGCAUAUUAAAAACAAAAUGGCCGAAACGGCACUUAGGCCCUUUCAGAAAUAAUCGAUGUCUUUUAUAGAUAAGAAGCAACAAGUCAAUUUGAUGUGUUCUUUCGCUAAUUUGGACAUGUAACUAGUUAAUUCCAAGUCUUUAUCUUCAGAUUGAAAAAAUCUCCAAAAUUCUAUGCAAUCAUUACUAAUAUCAUGUCAGUGUGAUUCUUGUAGCUUAUAUUACACAUUUCUUUACACUGAGCAUGGUAAAAAGCGCAAGAGUUGGCGCAAAGUUUUUAUGGUUAAUUUUUUUUAUUUAUUGCUCCAUAUUAAAAAUAACUAGUUAGUUUUAUAAAUUAUAAUUCCAAUAAAAAUACCUUAAAAGUUAGUUAAAAACAAAGAAUAUCCACAAUAACUCUGUUAUAACCUAUACUAAUCCAAAUAAUCUACAAAAAUAUAAAUAAACGUGUUUCAUGUUUUUGACUUCUGAUUGGUCGCGCGUUUUGAAACGACACAUCAAGUGGAUAAGGCAAGUUUUGAGAUAACAGCAAUAUUUUGCCGUUGAAUUUUAAUGGAAUAAGACAAGUUUUGGUGAAUAUUAUUAAGGUAGAAGGAGCGUAUCAACCUAAAGAGAAUAUUGUCAUAUUUACCACAUUUUUCGUAAAAUUUGGAUAAGACGAGUUUUGCUAUGAGACGCCUCAUUUUAUAAAUUGAUGACCCCUUAAAAAUGUGUGUCCUGGCAAAGUUUAAGUUAAAAGUCUUCCUUUGUCUAGUGCUACCAGUAUUGACAAAGAAUGGAAGUAUUUAGUUGUAGAAGUAUUUUCUAGUUUCUUUUUUGUAAGCUUAGCUCUAGAAAUAACAGUAAGGCAUAUAAUUUAACUCAACGUCAAUAUUUUCUUCGUUUAGCUGUUUGGUGUGUAUUCAUUCUCGACCACCCAAUAUUUAAGGCUUCGUUAAAUUGUGAUAGAGACUUUAAACGUUUUAGAAUAACAAUAAGGGAAAAAAAUUAAUAAAUAUUUAUUUGUUGUUUAGUUAUUUAUAGUUGAAAUAUUGUUUUUUAUUUCUUUGGUGCUGCUUUAAUUAGUUAAGGAGAGUAUUUGUUACAAAUAGCACAACGUACAGGCUGGUCAUUGCAUCUAAGGAUUACCUAAUCGUUCUUCUUUUUAAUUAUAAACGAAUGCAGUGCCUCUACCUGACAAAUAAUUAAACGAAUUUGGAUAAGGUAUACUUGUAAAUAAUUCUUAUUUUUAAACUUAAGUACUUAACCUUAAAACGCGUGUUCAAAGUUAUACGGUUCCUUUUUUACUAAAUACUAACUCCUUGAACUAUUUAUUUAAAUCGUUCAUUCGUUUUUCAAAAGCAGCUCGGGCCUAUUAGAUGUUGCUAUAGUAGGCCACUUGUAAACCUCAACGCAUUUCAGUGAACGGUCUAAUUAUUAUUAAGGCGAAUUGUCACCUAAUCAUAAAUUAUUGUUUAAAAAAAAAAGUAUACGUAUGGUCAAUUUCAAUAAUAAUAAUUCACUGCCAUGUAGAAUUAUUUAAAAUAGGCAUAAAUUGUAAAUACAUAAGAAUUAUGUAAAUAAUAAUAAUUAUUGUUGCUAAAAGUGAGUUUUCUAAGCCCUACGUUUAAUAAUAAAUUUGAUUUUUUUUAA